AUGGCAUGGUUAGUAUUCCAACAGUUUGACAUCAUCGAACAAUCCCAACUCGUUCCAAACUCGGAAAACACGGAAGUAAUUGGAGUGUUAACGGGCGGGUCUGAUCACCUGACGCAUCUCCUCCGCUGUCUCUCAGAAUGUUCUGGAAAUGCCACGUGUAACUUUGUGACGUUGUCAGAUGGAGGGGAGUUGUCCCGGUGUGAGCUUUACAGCAGCGCCCAAUCCAACCUGGUCUGCACAGCCUACGGGCAGAUGGAGGGGGAGUUGUCCCGGUGGGUGAGCUUUACAGCAGCGCCCAACCUCAACCUGGUCAUCUGCACAGCCUACGGGCAGAGCCAGGGUUUCCUGGGCCAGGAGUCGACGGUGAGAUAUGAAGGCAUCAGCUGCCAGUUCAGAGUGAGAGGCGGCAACAUGGACACUGUGCGGGGAUUCAGGAAGAGGGGUGAAGAUUCCCCCACUUCAUUUCACAAGAGCUUUGCACGGACGGACUACGGUAACGUGGGCACGGGGGUGUACAGGACUCUGGCCUUUACUGCCGAGGGCUCCAGCCUGAGUGACGUGCAUCAUCUCUGCCGACAGAGCUGUGGGGCGGAGCGGUGUUGUGACGGAUUCCUGCUGAGUCACCUGAGACUUGGCAAAGGCACCUUCCUCUGUGGACUCCUCAGUUUGCCAGAUGUGCUGCUCUGUAAUGUUGCGGACACUUGGACAGGUUCCACAUCUGGAGACGGAGUUUGUAGAGGCGUGGCGUCCAACGCAGAGAAGAAGGCCUUCACGUUCAACUUUGGAGGCCUGGUGUUCAGCGGCACUUACGCAUUCCUGGCAAAAGGUUUUGUGGAUGCUGAAUACUCCACCAACCUGACAACGGACACAAAGGAAGAAAUCCAGAGAUCAUUCAACAAGUUCCAGCACGUCUUCCUCUGGCAGGAUUCGGACAUGAACACACGGCUGAGGUCCGUUGCUGAGUGCGGUGGCAAAUCUCUACAGGACCGACGGACUCCCAACCUGCCAGAAAGCAUCAGAGAAUUGUUCUCCCGUCUGGAGCCCGGGUUUGUCCGUGUGGAUCAGAACCUGUCCGUGGCCAGCCAACACUACCAGCUCUUCAAGCAUCACUUUCCCAGCGCCCAGGCUGAGCUGUGGUGCCUGCAACGCUGCAGUGAGGAGCAUUUGUGCAGAGUGGUGACAUUACUGGACAUUGGGGAACUACAUUACGAGUGCGUGUUGUACCCAGACACACAGCUGUGUCAGCCAAGUCGUGACCCUGCCUCACCUGUGGUCACCUGCACUCUGACCCUACCUGAGCUGCCACACCUGGUGUACAGGAGGAAAGAUGUGCUGCAAGGCAGCGUGAAGAAUUUCUACACCCGCCUGGCCUUCCGUCAGCUGUGGGGAACCUCCAUCAGGAACUCAGUGAAUGUGACUGCAAGAGGCCUGCAAGCUGGGUUCCUCGAGUGCGAACGUCGCUGUGAUGAAGAUCCUUGUUGCAAAGGCUUUGGGUUUCUGCAAGACCAACACGCUCCAGGUGUGGGGGUGACGUGCCGGACGGUGAGUGGUCUGGGGGUGCAGGCCUGUGGUGACGGAGCUGGCAACUGGCGUGCCUUGCCGUGUGAACCAACCAGUCUCACCCUUCUCGUCCAUCCAUUCGGCUGGUACCAGAAACCUGUGAACCAGUGGAACCGUGUGGAGAACAUGUGUCCCAAAGCAAGACCCCCACCCCCACAACAGAGAGCAUCACUGGAUAACUGGCAGAUACUGCGGGUAUCUCCGAUCCUUGACUCAACCAUGUCCUACUUUGAUGUUUUCCACGUCAGCAGCGAUGCUCCUGAACCGACUGAAGAGUUUAUCCGUGAAGCCAGGGAUUGGUGCCUCUCAGCCUGUGCCUCCAAUCGCAGUUGUGCUACAGUCACUCUGCAGCCCCAGGUGAGUGGGCUCAGGUGUGUCCUUUACCCCGACACCCACACCUGUGGACACCGGCAGCACACUCUCCACUGCCGACUGGUGCUCAGAGAGGCAGCCGACAUCAUCUACCACAGGACAGUGGUAGGUCCCUGCGUUGGUCGCUGUGGUGAUUAUCGUCCUGGUGAGGCGUGUCAGUGCAACGUGAAGUGUGCCGAUUAUGCCGACUGCUGCCCCGAUGUUCACACCUGUACAGACCCUCUGUUGUCCGAGAGCCAGCCCCAGCUGACCUCUGUAGUCAUCCCGGGCCAUGGAAUUCUGUUUGGAAAAUCCCAAGGGACCCGUGUUGGUGAGGGAUGGAAGGAGGUGAAGAGAUUCCUGGGCGUUCCAUACGCAGCUCCACCCACCGGCAACGGGCGGUUUCAGGCCCCAGAACCCUUCAACUGGACCGGGCAUUGGAACGCCACCUUCUACAGACCCAGCUGCCUCCAAGCCGGGAAUGCAAAGGCUGUUUACUCCACUGUGGGUGAAGAUUGCCUCUACAUGAACAUAUUUGCACCAACAUCCAUUAUCGGGCCAGUGCCUGUGUUGAUCUUCUUCCACAACGGAGCCCAGGACUACACCGGCGGUGGCAGCAGCUCCGGCAUCGACGGCUCCUCCCUGGCGGCUGUGGGGAAUAUCCUGGUGGUGGUGGCAAGCUACCGUGUGGGGCUGUUCGGAUUCCUCACUGACGGCACUGACGAGCUGCCCGGUAACUGGGGUCUUUGGGACCAGAUGAUGGCGUUGCGAUGGCUACAGAGGAACGUCGGUUACUUUGGUGGGUCUCCGGCCAGCGUCACCAUCGCGGGGGAAGGCCGUGAUGCCGAGAUCACCGGCAUGAACCUCAUCAUGGCACCGGGCGCCAGACCCUUCCAACGGGCCCUGCUCCUGGGAGGAUCAGUCCUGUCUCCAGGUGCGGUGAUCAGUAAGAAGACAGCACAGGAACAAGUCAUCAACCUGGCUAAAGAGACUGGCUGUCCCACUAACAACAAGACAAUGCUUCUCUCCUGCCUCCGCCGGCUACCUGCUCUAACUCUAAACUCUGCCCAGACUCAGCUGCUGUUGACCAGAGGCCCGUUGCAGGCUUGGGGCCCUGUAGUGGAUGGGAGAUAUCUGCGGGAACCCCCUCUGUCUGCACUCCGCAGUGGGCACUUACUCGCAGGGGACUUACUGAUUGGGAGCGCAGAGAACGACGGGCUUGUCACCAGAGCAAAGGCAGCCAAGGGAUCUGACGGAACGUCUGGAGGAUCGGACGGUGAGACAGCAUUGUACCGAGUUCUGCAGGAGUCACUGGGUGGAGGAACCUCUAGCUCCCUGGUCAAAGAUGCCGUGGCCUGGUUCUAUUCACAGUGGCAGACACAGGAUGACUACGCUGCCCUCUCCCGGGCUUUGGACAACGCCACCAGGGACUAUUUCAUCACCUGCCCUGUUAUACAGAUGGCAGAUCACUGGUCAGAGACCACAGGAGCCAAUGUCUUUAUGUACCACACACCUGCGACUCAGCACAGUUCGAGUCUUUCGUCGGAGCUCCAGUUCAUCUUUGGCUUUCCGCUCCGUCCCGAUUCACACCGGGUGUUCACGGACCAGGAACAACACCUGUCACUCACCCUCAUGCAGUACGUCACCAACUUUGUCAAAUCAGGCAACCCCAACCUCGCCUUCACCUUCUCCAGGAGAGCUGUGGACGAGACUCUGCCCCCGUGGCCCAGCUAUUUACACAAUGUGGAUGGCGGAAACUACAAAGAAUUUGCAAUGUCCCUGCAGAAUAAGAAUGGGUUGAAGAGCCGGGAGUGUCUGUUCUGGAGCGAGCUGGUGCCGAAGCUCCGGGCUGCCGCAGGCAACGUCACGGGCAACAAGACAAGUGACGGCCAAGAUGAGCCUGUGCUCACAACGCCAGUCUCACAACGCCAACCACAAACUAAAGAUGCUUAUAACUAACGGAGGAUUCAGACUGAUUCUGAUUGACCUGAAGAAUGUAAAUACACAGGAGGGAGUAGAAUAUAGUGAAAUAAAGCAAUCAUGAAACAUUUGUGACUCCUGUCUGCUCCUUUACCUCAGCACCAGCAUUGGGAAGAUGCAGCCCGACA